AGGCCCUAUAAAAAGCACUCAGACCGUUGUGUUAUUUCUUCGUGUAGACCUUAUACUAGAUGUAAAACAGAGACAUCGUUUCGCUCUUAGUCUACGUUAAAUUUGGUCGCAACGUAUGUCUAGGAGCGUGCUCCAUGUUCUACGAACCUUUCCCAUUAGAGUUGGACUACAUAACAUGCCAAAGAAAAGUGAGCUCGACUUUCACAAUGCAUUAUAUGAAGUUUUAGACAGAUCCGAUGACCGCUUGUUGCCUGCCAGUUUCAUGCCCGAUAAAAACUCAGGUCGCCCACCUCCGUGGCUUCGAGGUAAGGAAAUCGGGCUGUGGUACGCUGCUCAUUCUUCAAACAAACCAAGGAAAAAUGUUGACAAGGCUGCUACAUUAGACAUGACAGGGAUCAACGUGACUAGGCUACGAAACGUUCUCAAUCUCACUCAUAACACCAAUUCAGAACCAGUACCGGCAGAACUAGUUACCACUCCUGAUGACAUGGACCCCUUUGAUCUGAGUGAGCGCAGUGACCCAAGCAAAACUGGAAAAGUUGCAGCGAGCCCGAGCAACGAUUCACUUCAGUCUUUGGAUCGACGGAUCAAUGGCGUCUCAAUGGAAUCGGAUCCCAUGCAGAUAAGAAAUCUUUCUCUCACUCGUAACCGGGAGUUAGAUUCCACUUUAGCGUCGGAUCUAUGUAGGAAGCAGUCUUCAGAAGCCUAUCGUCAGAUGUUGGAAGUUCGUCAGAAACUCCCUGCAUACGUUAGGCGAAAGGAAAUCAUCGAUGCUGUUCGGUCAAAUCAAGUCGUCGUCAUCAGUGGUGAGACUGGUUGUGGCAAAACAACCCAAAUCCCUCAGUUGAUUCUCGAAGAUGAGAUCACUCGUGGAAACGGUUCAGUCACUCGCAUUGUUGUUACUCAACCACGCCGAAUCAGUGCCAUCUCCGUGGCCGAACGCGUGGCAGCUGAACGUGGAGAGGCUCUAGGCUCAUCUAUAGGUUAUCAGGUUCGUUUGGAUCGAUGCUAUCCCCGUCAGCUUUCCGGAUCUAUAAUGUACCUAACCACGGGCAUGCUUCUCCAGUGGUUGCACUCCGAUCCGACAUUCCAAAAUAUCAGCCAUAUAAUUGUGGAUGAAGUGCACGAACGCGAGUUCCUCUGUGACUUCCUCCUGAAUGUCCUACGUGAUAUCACGGAAUCACGCCCCGACCUUCGCGUUGUCGUAAUGUCCGCAACUCUGAAUGCUGACCAGUUUUCCUCCUACUUCGGUAAUUGUAUGAAACUGGAAAUACCCGGUCGUCUCUUUCCCGUACAAACGUUCUUUCUCGAGGAUGUUCUGCGGAUGACUAAUUUCUAUCUUCCGAAAGAAGAUUUGAAAGAACUCGCUAAAGUCCAACACGCCUAUAUGAAACGAUGUUUUCUCGGCGGUGAUUUGACUAAGACUGCUGCUCGUAAGGCCCUCGACUCAAAUAACGAAGACUUAGAGCGAUGGCUUUCCACGCAGACGGAUUUAUCAGCAAAUGCAGCGGAGAUACUUCGUGUUGUGGACGAUGACGCUUACCCAUUGACCGAUCUGAUCGUUCACUUGAUCGACCACCUCUUGCGAACCACCACUAAGGGUGCCAUUCUGGUUUUUGUCCCUGGAAUUGGGGCGAUUCGGGAGACCAUCAUGAAGCUGCGUGAUAUGAAUCCUCGACUGUAUGACGAGCGAAGCAACCGAGUGUGUAUCUAUGCUCUACAUUCGCAAAUGACUCUAUCCAAACAACGCGGACUUUUUGAAGUUCCACCUGGAGGGAAACGAAAAGUGAUCGUCUCCACGAACAUUGCUGAAACCAGUGUGACCAUUGAAGACGUGGUUUAUGUGAUUGACAGUGGUCGAAUAAAGAUUACCAACUACGAUCCACUCUCCAACACCAAUUCCUUGUCUCCAGUUCUCGUCAGCCGAGCAAAUGCUGCUCAGCGACGUGGAAGAGCUGGUCGUGUGCAGAUGGGAUAUUGCUACCACCUAUUCUCCAGAUACGUCCAAGAUAACAUUAUGGCGGAGUAUCAACUCCCGGAAAUGCUCCGAAUGCGACUGGAAGACGUCAUUCUCAGGAUUAAGCUCUUGGAUCUUGGCCCUGUAAGCACAUUCCUAGCAUCCUGUCCCAAUCCUCCUGACCCGAAGGCUGUGGAACGUACGCUUCAUUUUCUUCGUGAAAUCCAAGCGAUCGACAUGACUGAGGAUUCGGCCGUUCAGCUCGAAUCAUCUGUGUCAAAACACUUUACCAAAGGAAAGAAACGGUGGCGUCGAGACCUGAGGGCUCGUGCCCAGGCUGCUAUGAAGCAAUACAAUGAGAGCGGCAAAGAUAUGCUGGAAGAAGAAGAAGCGGAAGAUGAAACUCCAUCGGCCGAUAUCUCUUACGGAGAACUACCCGGUGACAACUCAAAACUCACUCCUUUGGGUGAGCACCUCGCCAGGCUUCCCAUGGACCCCCAGUCGGCAAAACUGCUUAUUCUGGGUGCGCUGUUCGGAUGUUUAGAACCGGCACUUGCGGUUGCUGCUUGUCUAAAUUAUAGAGAUCCAUUCGAAAUCCCACUGGAGCAACAAGUCGCUGCUACUCGUAGCCGUGUGGAGCUAUCCCAGAAUUCACUCAGUGACCAUUGGGUUUACAAGACAAUCAUCGAGAAUUACCGUCAGCUUCAAUCUGGCUACGAUCGACGAAAAUUCUGUGAUCGAUACUUCAUUCGUGAAAACAUUGUCAAAGAUAUUCUUCGCCUAAUGGAUGAUCACGCGACGCUUUUGUAUGAACGCAAGUACAUUGGCACACCGAAUCCGUUGGACAAAGAUGCUAACCGAAACAAAGAUAACUUCCCUCUGUUUCGGGCCAUCCUAUGCGGUGCACUCUUUCCCAACAUUCUCAAACUGAUGCCGACGAUUCGGGCCGGGCGUGUCAAACGGCCAAAGGUUAUAGCCAGACCAUCCGAAGGAAAAAUCAGCGUCAGUCCGAAGUCGGUGAAUGGAAAUGUUUGGGCAUCGGAUCCAGUCUGGAUGGUGUACUUUACAAAAACUCGGACCGAAAAAUCGCUUAACCCAACAGUUUUGGAUACAACAAUCAUCCCUUUGCGACCGGUUCUAUUUUUUUCGGGAAUCAUUCAGCCAACCAUGUCGUCGGACUCCACGUUCACUGUCGACAACUGGAUACAAGUGAAGACCAGUCCCACUGUUUUUCAACUUAUCACAGACCUACGCAAGCGGAUGGAUGAAAUCCUGGAAAGCAAGUUCAAGAAUCCGGAUGUAACUGACUGGAGUACAUCCUCAUCCGAAGGCCGUGUGCUCAAAACUAUAAUUGACUUGCUCGUUAGCGAACCCGUGCCAAUCGUUCAAACUCAGCGGUAUCCAUGGGAACAUAAAAUGGAUGCCAACAGGACGUGACCUCAAUAAAACAUAGUUUCUUAUGGUGACUUGGACAGUAUGUCACGUUACUUGUAGUUGCAGAAGAUAAAACGUGGUGGAUCCGUGCUUGACUGCAGUUCGACGGUUCUUUUAUUCCUAGCAUUUACUGUCGUACACGAACCCUUUCAGUCAUAGCUCAUGUUUAUUUUAACCUGAGCAAGGCUGGUUCAUGCUACUGGUGAUCCUUGUCUUGUUUGUCUGAGCCAUAUAUAUCAGAAGGGGCUCGCUUGUUGCUCACCUGCGAUGUAUAAACAUGUGAUAGUUUCCACAGUUGAGGCUUAGAUACUGGUUUUUUUUUGUGGUUGGUAAACUUUGUACCCGA